AUGGUGACCGUUAACAGCGAUCAGCAGCACGAUUCGCGACCGGAGACCCCGAAGAAUCCGCUGACGCCUCAGUGCGUCGGUCGAGAGUUCGUUCGCCAGUAUUACACGUUGCUUGGCGGUGUGCCGGAUUUGAUGCACCGCUUCUACAGCAACGAAUCGGUGAUGCUCCGCGGAAACGAUGACGAGCCGACCAUCGGCCAGAUGGACAUCAGCCGAAAGUUCAGUAAGAUGGGCAUCAUCGACUGCUACACGCGUGUCAGGACCGUUCAUUCCAGCGAAACUGUAGCGAAAGGCGUCGUCGUGCAGGUAGAUGUGCAUUUCUUGUUGUUCUUCUUGACGAUAUGUGUGCUCACUAAUUUUUUUUGCUAA